AUGGGGCCGGAGUUCAUGGAGCUCUUUUUUCUCAUAGAAGGUGGCGUUCCAACAUCAAUCACCUUCGGCGUCCCAAAGUCUCCUCCCGGCGCUCAUAUGCGCACACAGCGCUCUGCACCCCACGUCCAUCUCGAUGUCCGAACUACGAGGCUGUGUCCGGAUGGCAACACGGAAGAAAAUAAGGUGACCUCUCCACCUCACGUCCCUCCAAGUCCCUCCCUUGCACACAUGCGCACACACAAACAGAAGACAGACGGAAAUCUUCAUGCUGCAGCUAGGUCGAGGGUGGGGGAGGACGGAAAAAGUGAUGCACGCAGGUGCGGUGCUGAAACAGCAGGAACCCCUCCCCUCCGCUUAAUGUACACGGGUCUGCUGACUAGCCCCCACUGCGGGGGGCGUCACUUUACCAUCUCGAGGGCGCACGUGUGCCUCCUCUUUGGAAUAACUUCUCCGGGCCUCAGUCUCUCUCUAUCUCUACCAUUGCUUCUGCUUGUCUCCACCGCCACCGCCCCCAGCAGCCAUUGUCCCCCAUAUAUGUGCACAUGCACGAACACGCGCAAAACGCUACAGUUGGCAGUUGACAGCGCCUUUACCAUAGGGAGUCGAUUGUUCUAUCCACAGCAGAUCGAUGUGUCCACACAAAAGCCUGGUAGUGGUAGUGGCAGUAGUCCCAGAGGCAGCAACAACAGUGGCAGCAGCGCUAGCAGCAGCAGCACCAACGGCAUCGGCAGUGGUAGUAGCAACAGCAUGCAGACACACAGGCGAUUCCCCUCUUAA